AUGAUCUCCAAAGAGGAUAAACAGAUCGUCAAUGCCCUCCAGGCAAACUGGAUUUGGAUCCCUAACUGGGUAGAUUCCUCAAGUUUGAAUACAGCGGGCAGGAUCGUGAAUUUCGUUCGCCACAUUACCUUGCCAUCAUCUCCUACUCAGGCGAAACUACACUUUUCCGCGGACACGCGGUACAAAUUGUUCGUCAAUGGAGUGCGCGUUGCAGUUGGACCUACCAGAAGCAGUCCUUUGAUCUGGUACUACGAUUCGCUUGACAUUGCACCCUACUUGAAGCCUGGGGAAAAUGAGAUCCGCUUUGCGGUACUGCGGUACUUUGCGUCCUCGCGUGGAGCUAUGGCUUUCGAGCGAACAGCUCUCCCGGGAUUGACGAUUGUUGGCCAUGUGGAGGCUGGUGCCGAGACCAUUGAUCUUGGCUCUUGCCAGGGCUGGAGAGCUUUCCCAGACGAGUCUGUUCAGUUUCCAACGGGACUGGUUGACGAUGUUUUCCUCCAUAUUAGCGAACGUAUCGCUCCGACCGACCCAGUCCCGGAAAUUACGCCUGUUCCCUACGGUAUCAGAACCUUGAACGGAGAUAUUGCUCCUUGGGCUCUUCAUCCACGCCCAAUUCCUACGCCCGAGUCAACCCCAGCAAUUGUGAAUACGAUCAGAUCGUGUCAAAGCAGUUUCAGUGCCGAUGACUGGACAGCCUUCCAUUUAGGAGGUCAUCCCUUGGUUCUUCCCCAGGGCUCAUCACACAUUCUUGAGAUACAAGCCGAUUGCCAUUCAACCGCUUUUAUCAGAUGGACUUUCAAGGCUGCCAGCAAACCGUCCGAGAUCAAGCUCAAAGUGACAUACUCCGAAGGAUACGAACUUGAACCCCGUUCAUAUCCCUUCUUCCGGUCCAAGGCUGAUCGGCUGGAUGCCGAGGGUGGCCACAUCAUCGGUCCGUAUGAUGAAGUUGCUCUCAAGGUUUCUGACAAGGAGACAUCUUAUGAGCCAUUCUGGUUCCGGACUUUCCGAGUCAUGAGACUUGAAAUCACUGUGGGCGAGGAGCCAAUUGAACUCAAGUCUUUUGAAGCAACCCAGGUCAACUAUCCUAUGGCGGUUAAAGCCAGCUGGAAAGAAGCAGGGGAUGUGCACAGUGAAGAUAUUUGGGAUGUGUCGAUUCGGACAAUGCGAAACUGCAUGUUUGACGGCUAUUCUGAUUGUCCCUUCUAUGAACAACUUCAGUACUCUGGAGAUACUCGAUCCGUCGGUUUAUUCCAUUAUCUUUUAUCUGGCGAUGAUCGAUUGAUGCGACAAGCUAUCACCAACUUCGCCGCCUCGGUGACCCCCUGUGGCCUCACUCAGUCGCGUUUCCCAUCGCAUGCCCCACAGAUUAUUGCUGGAUUUUCUUUGUAUUGGGUUCUCCAAAUUUGUGAUCAUUUUAUGUUCUUUGGAGACAAAUCUUUUGCACGCAGCUUCGUUCCGCGUAUCGACGGGGUCUUCGAAUUUUUCGAUUCCCAUAUCGAUGACUUGGGCCUUGUCAGUGGGCUUCCGGAGGAGAUUUGGCAAUACGUUGACUGGGUGACAACAUGGGGUGCGACUGAUGAACAUCCGGACAAAGGUGUGCCAACAUCCGGUCGGAAAUCCAACCGUCACGCAUACUUCAGCAUGCUAUACGCUUAUGUCCUCCGGAAGGGUGCUGAACUGAUCCGUCACGUUGGACGGCCCGGAAAUGCAGAAGAAUAUGAGAAUCGGGCUUCGAGACUCCUGGAGGCUAUCCGCAAAAACUGCUAUGACGGUGAAUUCUUCACAGACUCUACGGUAGACGUUGCGGAUGACCUAUCUUAUUCUCAACACUGCCAAGUAUUCGCUGUCCUUAGUGGAGCUGCCACUCCGGACCAGCAUGAGCGUAUCUUGACCGAAAGCUUCACGAAUCCUCGUUUCUCCAAGUGCUCGUAUAUGAUGCGAUUCUACGCAUUCCGGGCUCUUGCGGAGGCUGGAGGCCAAAUCUACGACAAAUUUUGGACUUCAAUGUGGGCGCCAUGGCGCCAAAUGCUUGCCAAUAACCUGUCAACCUGGGAAGAGGAUGACGUUCGCCAACGUUCAGACUGUCACGCGUGGGGUAGCGUUCCAAUCUAUGAAUACUGUACUGAGCUAGCUGGCAUUUCCCCAGUAGCGCCCGGAUCUUCCAAGAUACGCUUCAAGCCUCGUUUGCAACUGAGUGAAUCGAUUGAGGCGAAUAUUUGCCUUGGACGUGAGAAUAUUGCUCAUGUCUCCUGGCGUCAGGGAAACAGCAAUGAGACGCACGUGGAGCUUAGACUUGAUCAACCGGUCGAGGUGAUAAGUCAGCUUCCUGGCGGGCAAGAGAUAAAUCACGGGGUGUUGAGCCAUCUUGAUUUGGUCUUUAAAUUGCAUUAG